AUGCCUGGGCAUCAGAAGAAUCAAGAACGCACCCAUGGUGAAGACCUUCAGAUCUGCAGUGAGAUCCAGGGUCCAGAGGUUGCACGGGUGUCUGGGGCUAAGGAGGAGCCCUCUCCAGCCUCCUCCCAACCUCUGAUGCCUGGCACCCUGCAUGAGGCUCCUGUUGUUGUAACGCCUAGCACUCCUGAGGAGCUUCAGAAUUCCUGCUCCUCUCCCAUUGCCAUUGUGGCCCCCUCUUUGAUUCAGUCCAGUGAAGGCUCCAGUAGCAAAGAGGAGGAGAGUGUUCCAAGCACCUCAGAGAUGGCCUCAGUCCACGAGCACAUUGCCAAAAGUGUUCUGGAUGAGAAAGUGGCUUUCUUGGUGAAUUUCCUGCUGCUCAAGUAUCAAUCAAAAGAGCCAGUCCGAAAGGCAGAUAUGCUGAAGUUUGUCGUGGAAGAAGAUGGGGCCCGCUUCCAUAAGAUCUUCCAGCGAGCCUCUGAUCGCUUGGAGAUGGUCUUUGGCCUUGAGGUGAAAGAAAUGGAUCCCAUCAACCAGUGCUAUGGCCUCUCCAUCAAGCUGGGCCUCACCUAUGAUGGGAUGCUGAGUGAUGAAGAGAAUAUCCCCAAGACCGGGCUCCUCAUACUUAUGCUGGGUGUGAUCUUCCUGAAAGGUAACCGUGCCACUGAAGAGGAGAUCUGGGAGGUGCUGAAAAUGACGGGGAUCCGUCACGAUGAGAAGCACUUCAUCUUCGGGGAUGCCAGGCAGCUCAUCGCCCAUGAGUUUGUGAGUGAAAAGUACCUGGACUACCAGCAGGUGGCCAAUAGUGAUCCAGUGCAGUAUGAGUUCCUGUGGGGCCCAAGAGCCCAUGCUGAAACCAGCAAGAUGAAAGUCCUUGAGUUUUUGGCCAAAGUUCACGGAACCGACCCAAGUGAUUUCUCUGCUCAGUAUGAGGAAGCUCUGCUAGAAGAAGAAGCCAGAGCACUAGGCAGAAUUUCAGUGGAGUCUGACUCCAGUUCCGUGGCCACUGCCAGUUCCAGUGCCAGGGGUGGCAGCUUCUCCAGUGUCUAG